AUGAGUAGGGUCAUUUGGUUUUCGCUCUUCUUGUUGCUAAUCUCUCAAACAGCUCAAGUUCAAAGCUCCUACGCUGGUUCAGCUAGUUCCAUCAUCAAUCCUUCUAAAGUCAAACAGAUUUCAUGGAAUCCAAGAGCUUUUGUUUAUCAAGAUUUUCUCACAGACUUGGAGUGCGAUCACUUGAUUUCUUUAGCGAAAUCGGAGCUCAAGAGAUCUGCUGUUGCGGAUAAUCUUUCCGGAGAUAGUCAGUUAAGUGAUGUUCGAACAAGCUCUGGCAUGUUCAUUUCCAAAAACAAGGAUCCUAUUAUUUCUGGUAUUGAGGAUAAGAUUUCUGCUUGGACCUUUCUUCCUAAAGAAAAUGGGGAAGACAUACAAGUACUGAGAUAUGAGCAUGGACAGAAAUAUGACCCACAUUACGAUUACUUUACUGAUAAAGUUAAUAUAGUUCAGGGAGGACAUCGUCUCGCCACUGUUCUCAUGUAUCUCACUAAUGUGACCAAAGGCGGUGAAACUGUAUUUCCAGAGGCUGAGGAACCUCGACGUCGCAAGGGUUCUGAAAAAAGUAGUGAUCUCUCUGAGUGUGCCAAAAAAGGAAUAGCAGUGAAACCACGUCGAGGGGAUGCACUUCUUUUCUUCAGUCUUGACACACAUGCUACCCCGGACACUAACAGUCUCCACGCUGGAUGCCCAGUGCUCGAAGGGGAGAAAUGGUCAGCGACAAAGUGGAUUCACGUAGACUCGUUUGAUAAGAUUGUAGGCACUGGAGGGGGAUGCUCCGAUCAGCACGAUAGCUGUGUGAGAUGGGCUUCUCUUGGAGAAUGUACUAACAACCCUGUGUAUAUGGUGGGAUCUUCAGACCUUCCUGGAUACUGUAGGAAGAGCUGUAACGCAUGCUAG